AUGGAAGAGAUUCUUAAGAGGUUGGAGUACUUAGCCAAUCAAAUUGGAAAUUUAAAUCUUGAUGACAAGAAUGUUUGUGAGGUGGAACCAUUAAAAAGAUCACGUGCCAAGACUUCUCUGCCUGAUGAACCUGAACUUUAUGGUAGAAAUACUGACGAAGAUGCUUUGAUGAAGUUGUUGAUGCCGGAUGAAGAUAGUAAUGAGAAGAUAUGUGUCAUUCCCAUAGUGGGAAUGGGUGGGAUUGGAAAAACUACCCUUGCUCAAAUUCUUUUCAACGAUGAACGAGUUAAUUUGACAGAGAAGGUAACAGGAAAGAAGUUUUUGAUUGUUUUAGACGAUAUUUGGGAAGAGUAUUCUGAAGAGUGGAAAGAAGUCAUGAAGCCUUUCCACAGUGGGGCCAGAGGAAGCAGAAUAAUAGUAACAACAAGAAAUGAAAAAGUUGCAGAUAUCAUUCAAACUGCUCACACACACCAUCUCAAAGAAUUAUCAAAAGAUGAGUGUUGGAAAUUAUUUGCAAAGGCAGCAUCUUCUAGUGGCAAUUGUUGA